UCCCUCUUUUAGCCCGGGGCGCCGCCGGGCUCCCAUCCCGAUGCGCGCAAACGAACAAGGCAGAGUUCACGGGCUCAGCUCACUCAGCGCGCCGCCUCGCCUCCUAUGCUCCCCCCUUUCACCGGAGAAAAAGGUGCUCUGAAUCUUCUCGUCUUCCUCGGUUCAGGGACGCCGGGGGAUUCCUCCUCGCCCCCUUCAACGGAAUGGUGGGGUCCGACGCGCUGCAGGCCAUCGUCUACGCCCGCGGGUCGCUCCGCCUCCUCGAUCAGAGGAAGCUGCCGCUCGAGGUGGACUACGUCGACGUCAAGGACUCCGCCGAUGGCUGGAAUGCAAUCAGAGACAUGGUUGUCCGUGGUGCUCCGGCAAUAGCAAUAACAGCAGCGCUAGCAUUAGCCGUGGAAGUUUCUGAUUUAGAUUUCACUGGUACUCCUGCAGAAGCAGCUUCUUUUGUUUCCAAAAAACUGGAAUACCUUGUAUCCAGCCGCCCAACUGCAGUGAACCUAUCUGAUGCUGCAACAAAACUUCAGACUUUGGUGUCAAAGACAGCUGAAAAUGCGAAAGAUGCCAAGGCUAUCUUUCAGGUCUACAUUGAGGUUGCAGAGACCAUGCUUAUUGAUGAUGUGGCAGAUAAUAAAGCUAUUGGCUCACAUGGCUCAUUGUUUCUUCAAAGGCAGCUUGGAAAUUCAAAAAAUAUCUCUGUUCUGACCCAUUGUAAUACGGGCAGCCUUGCAACUGCUGGUUAUGGAACUGCCCUUGGGGUUAUUCGUGCUCUUCAUUCUGCUGGAGUUUUAGAGAAAGCGUUUUGCACUGAAACUCGUCCAUUUAACCAGGGAUCCAGGCUUACAGCCUUCGAGUUGGUUCAUGAGAAAAUACCUUCAACACUAAUAGCAGAUUCUGCUGCUUCUGCACUGAUGAAACAAGGGCGUGUUCAGGCAGUCAUUGUUGGUGCUGAUCGUAUAGCAGCAAAUGGUGACACGGCCAACAAGAUUGGCACAUACAACCUUGCCAUUUCUGCAAAGCAUCAUGGUGUCCAGUUCUAUGUGGCAGCGCCUGUAACUUCCAUUGAUCCCGCGCUCCCAUCUGGGGAAGAAAUUGUCAUAGAGGAAAGGUCGCCCAAGGAGUUGCUGAACUCUGAAGGUGGUCUUGGAAAGCAAGUUGCUGCAUCCGGUAUAUCAGUCUGGAACCCAGCUUUCGAUGUUACUCCAGCAAACCUGAUUACUGCAAUCAUAACAGAGAAGGGUGUGAUCACAAAAACUGAUGCUGAUGGAGCUUUCGACAUCAAAGCUUUCAUUCAGUCUGCGAAAUAAUGCUAUUUAGCAAGCCUCAUUUUUGUAUGACAAAUGUGUGGAGCACCUCAUUUACUCAUACAAUAAAACUGCUCCAGUGAGGCUCAUGUUGUAACAAGGAUGUGUCCAUGAGCAUUGGAAGUAAUAAAGACUUUUCUUGUUGCUUAAACAAAACACAGGAGUUCUGCUCGUCCAUCAAA